AUGUUUCCAAGGCGUCAUUUUAUUCUGCUAGCUAUAAGCUUUCUGGGGCUAGCAGCAGAUGUGCAAGGUGACAAUUCUAUAAGUCUUAAUAUUGAACACGGAAGCCGAAAUUUGCAAGAUUCCUGCGAAGACACCGUUCUUCGAAGUGCCAAUGGCCAAUUCAAUGCCGAAUCAACGUUUGGAAAGACGCAAUCUACAGGACUUGGAACUUGUAAUGGCCUAUCCUCUGAAGUUGGUCCUGGAGUUUGGUAUUCCGUAGCGGGAACCGGAAAUGCCAUAAAGGCAUCCACUUGUAAUGAGAACACAGAAUUCAAGGCCACUCUUCUGGUCUACAGUGGUACUACCUUUGAUUGUACCGCCAAUCAAUUGACUUGUGUUACGGCAUCCGAUAGCACAGAUUUCGAAUGCACUUCGAAUACCGCCAAAUCUACCGCAGUAGAGUGGCAAUCACUUAAUGGAGUGACCUAUUACGUCUUGGUUCAAGCACAAAUUCCCGGGGAUCAAGGGACUAUAUGGAUGAAUUUCCGCAGUAUAUCUCCACCGGUAAAUGAUGACUGUAAGAGGGCCAUUGGUGCCAUUCCGCCAGUCGAUUUGCAAGUUGAUGGUACCACUUUGGAUGCCAACUUGUCUCAGAUGCCAGACUACUGUGGAGUCAACCAAUUGUAUCCUGGAGUCUGGUACUCUUUUUUCGGAACUGGUUCGGACAUGACCAUCGGGGCCUGUGGAAAUUCUGAUGCGCAAUAUGCUUUUUCCUUGUACAAAGGACCCAAUUGUGACAACCUAGAGUGUGAAUUGAAUGAUGGGACCUACAGUGUUACAAAUAUCAGUGGCGAUCAGAGCAAGUGUCUUUAUCGGAAUUCAGACGGAUCUCUCGCCCUACGCGAACUGCACCAAAUCAGCUUUACUUCCACAUUUGAACAACGAUACUUUUUGUAUAUUGCCCAUGAUCCUUCCUCAGGUGGAUCGACGUUGACGGGUGACUUUCGAUUGUUUGUCAAGUCGCUUGACGAUCCGCCUACCUUUCCACCUGUGGAAGUCCCAACCAGAGCUCCUAGUUUGGCACCAUCCGGCCGACCAUCACCCAUCGGAGUUACGGCAUUUCCAACUAGGGAACCCACUGCCGUUCCACAACCUACUACCCCAACGAUUCUUCCACUUCCAACAAAUGUACCCAUUACUUCUUCUCCGGCGCCUGACACGAGGUCCAUGUUGGUUUGUCUUCUUUUGUCUGUGGGGGCACUUGUGGUCAAUGACAUGUGGUAA